AUGACCACUCCAAGUGAUCUCUCCCGGGCGGAGACUUGGCGUCUUCUGCUCUUGGUGGGAGCAGGUAUCGGCGUUCUGGUCAACACGUUCCAAGGUGAUGGCGCGCCUCUAAUUGCCUCAAUUGCAAUGACCAUUAUUGCCUUUGCAAUCACAUUCAGCAUGAUUCGAUGGCUCGGGCCUGUCUUUAUCAAAGCUGGUCUGAAAGGUAAGGAUAUGGCAAAGCCCAGAAGACCUGAAAUCCCGGAAACCAUGGGAGCCGUCUGUGCCGUGGUAUAUCUCAUCUGUCUCAUCGUCUUCAUUCCUUUUGCCUUUUACAAAGACAUUGUCGCCGCCACGUCUGGCGGAGGUAAUCGCGAUGUUGUGAUCGAAGACCAACAUAUUGAGACGGGUCGGUACCUGCAUAGAUUCCCCCAUGGCAAGCUCGCAUCGUACCUGUCAGGUCUUCUAUCCCUGCAAUCCAUCGUCAUUCUUGGAAUUGGAGAUGACCUGCUUGAUAUUCGCUGGAGACACAAAGUCUUGAUCCCUGCCUUUGCCUCCAUCCCGAUGCUCAUCGUGUACUUUGUUGACUUUGGCGUGACACAUGUCGUUGUGCCAGUCCCGCUGCAACGGUACCUCGGUGAUUUCAUUGACCUUGGAUGGCUGUACUAUAUGUACAUGGCAGCCGUGGCAAUCUUCUGCCCAAACGCCAUCAAUAUGCUGGCCGGUAUCAAUGGAAUAGAGGUGGCUCAGUCGCUUGUCAUCGCAGUUCUGCUAUUGUUCAAUGAUGCAAUGUACCUGGCGCCUAUCACGCCAUACCCUCAUCCAGCUACUGACUCCCACUUGUUUUCGAUCUACUUUUUGCUGCCAUUUAUUGGUGUUUCAGCAGCGCUGCUGUGCCACAACUGGUAUCCCUCCAAGGUGUUCGUGGGUGAUACCUACUGUUACUUUGCGGGCAUGGUGUUUGCGGUUGUGGGCAUCUUGGGCCAUUUCAGCAAGACUCUUUUGCUCCUAUUCAUUCCGCAGAUCUUUAAUUUUAUUUACUCGACACCGCAGCUGUUUCACCUGAUUCCUUGCCCGCGCCAUCGACUGCCAAAGUUCAACGCGUCUACCGGUCUGCUUGAUGCCUCUGUAACGGAAUGGACUAUUCCUCCAUCGCCAUUGAUUACCACCACACUUGACCUUCUACACAUAUUGCGCCUGGUGCGAGUGAAGAAGGACGGAGACGGCAAUAUCAUUGAAUCCUCAAAUCUGACGAUCUUGAAUCUUUGGCUCGUGUGGAUGGGGCCAAUGAAAGAAGAUCGACUUGCGUGGCACAUGGUCGGAGUCCAGACUUUCUGUGGAAUAUUUGGCCUGUUCGUACGACAUCGUCUCGCCUUACUGGUGUUCCACCAGGAUAACAUUGGACUCGAGAUCUUCAACCCAUGGCAUGUUUAA